AUGGCAACAGGCACAAGACUUCUAAAAGAAGAUAAUGAUCCUUUUGACCAACCCUCACUCUAUAGAAGCCUUAUAGGUGGCCUGCAGUAUCUAACAUUGUCAAGGCCUGAUUUGGCCUUUGCUGUCAAUAGAUUGACCCAAGUUCUUCAGCACCCUACCACCAAUCAUUGGACAGCCUGUAAGAGGGUUCUCCGGUAUAUUAAAGGGACAAUCCAACAUGGUUUAUUCUUUAAGAAACAACAACACUUUCAGUUAGAGGGAUAUGCUAAUGCAGAUUGGGCUACUGACUUAGGUGAUAGAAGAUCCACUAUAGGGUACAGUAUCUUCCUUAGGGGUAACCUAGUUCAAUGGUGUUCUAGGAAACAAAAGGUGGUUGCAUUGUCUUCAACAGAGGCUAAAUAUAGGGCUCUUAGUGAGGCAGCGACUGAAUUGGUCUGGAUCCAUAACUUGUUUCAAGAACAUGGAAUAACAAUCAAUUCUGUCCCCACUCUUUGGUGUGACAAUAUGAGUGCAGGGGCCUUGUCCUCCAAUCCGAUGUUUCAUGCUAGAACAAAGCACAUCGAAAUUGAUGUGCAUUAUGUGAGGGAGCUGGCUGCUGAAAAAAGUCUGUCAGUCCAAUAUGUGCCUUCGGAAUAUCAAGUUGCUGAUGUUCUAACCAAGGCACUUGCAGCACAUAGGUUUCAUAUUCUUAAAGAGAAAUUGACGGUGUUGCCUUCUUUACUUGAAGAAGAGUUACAGAGCUGA